UGUGAUGCUGACUCAAAGAUCAAUCUACAGCAGGCAGAUAUCAGUGACUUGAGGGGACGCGAACUGCACACACCGGAAGAUUUGGUCAACAAUUAGUCAUCGUCUAUCGGCGGGGUGUAAUUACGGCUCUUUGGAGUUUUUGAUAGUGGAACAAUGGGUGAUUUCGACGACGACGAUUUCGACGUCGGAGAUUUCUUCGACAUCAUAAUUCCGCUGCUGACGAACAUUUUGAUUGUGGUUCUAUGUUUCUGGCUUUGCUUCAAAUGCUGCAAAUGUCGUAGAAACGAAGGUGCAGUUAUUGCUACAGCUCCAGCGGUGGUCAUCACAUCAACCCAGCACUACCCGGCAGCAGUAGCAGCAACCGGACCAAACCCGGGGGUCGCUCCGACGGUUUUCAUGCCUCCAAGUGCCAACGCCAGCACAGCCGGCUAUCAGCAGCUGCAGCAGCAGCAAAAACCAGCAACUGCUCCGCCUUUGAUGGACCUGGCCUCGCAGGAUCCGCCCACCUACGAAGAGGCCGUCGGGGCAGGCCAGCAGCCGCAGUUUAAUCCGCACUACCCAAGGCAGUAGGUACCCCGGGGGUUGGAAUCGACGCCCGGAAAAAUGAAGUGUCCUUUCACGGUUGGGUUUUGUGCUGCGGGUGGAAAGUGGUGGAUUUACUAUAACUAGUUCAAAUGUUUUGUGAAGUAUUUGCUUCAUAGCAUCGAUCAAAGUUUUAAUUGCUAGGAAGAUAAAUUAUGGAAUUUAUUUUAGGAGCGUGAAAUAUCUCAAUUACAUUCAUCACUAAAUAGAAGUGAAUAUUUUUAAUUAAUUACGAAAGUUGUGUUCUUGUAGAUUAUUUGAUGUAGCUGAAACAUAGUCAACAAUUUGCAAUCAAAUCGGUAGAAAUGUUUGAGAUAAUUCUUAAAGUAUAUUCUUUAUCAAAAAUAGGUCUCAAUUGGCUUCAUUUUAGUGUAUUUUUUGGAUACCUUCAUCCAAUUUUUUAAUUUAUAAGUUUGAAGAAAUAAUAAAAUAUGAAAAAUUAAA